AAAAGAUAAAGCGAAGUGGAAAAGCAAAGGAGAAGAGGGUGGGGGAGUGUGGGUUCUGUUCUGUCUUCCCCUGUCCCCCCCACCCAACACAUACACUCUCUCUCUAACACUUCUCCAAAUCCAAAAGCCACUACUACAUUGGCUUUUGUUGGCUUUUGUUUCUGUGCUUCCUAUGCAUUUGUCCAUGUCUGCUCCCUCUUCUCAGUACCUGCAAAUGGGUGUGAAAAUGGAAUCAUACUUUGAAUUCCUUGUUAUUAUUUGAUUCACACUCUUCUCUCCUCUGUUUCACUCCUCCCCUGUUUCUGUGGUGUCCCUCCAAACAUGAAUUCCUUUUUCAUGAUUUGACCUCAUUUCCAUUUUGUUACAGUUCUCACUUUCUGGUUUUCCCUUUUUUCAAAACCCUCUCUCUCUCGCUUGGUCCCUCCUUUAUCUUCCUUUUUUGUUUUUUUGUUUCUUUUUUUAUAUUCUGUUCGGUUUCCCAUUUGAGUCCCACUCCACGAAACCCAAGAACAACCACACUUGGGGUGUUCAUGGAAAUUGAUCUGAACGAUGAUGCUGGGACUGAGGUUGAAAAAAAUGCAUCUUGCAAUGGGGUCUGUGAGAAAGGUGUUACUUGUGCUUGCUCUUUGUCCUCUUCAACUUCUGGUUCCUCCUCUGCACGUAUGUCGUCUUCAUAUCUUGAGCUAUGGCACGCUUGUGCUGGCCCUCAAACCUCUCUUCCAAAGAAAGGGAAUGUGGUGGUGUAUUUUCCACAGGGUCACUUGGAACAAGCUGCAUCUUUCUCUGCCUUUACACCAAUGGAGAUGCCCACUUAUGAUCUUCAGCCACAGAUCUUUUGUAGAGUUGUCAAUGUUCAACUACUUGCCAAUAAGGAGAAUGAUGAGGUUUAUACUCAGGUUACUUUGCUUCCCCAGACAGAGUUAGCAGGGAUGUAUUUGGAGGGCAAAGAGCUUGAGGAAUUGGAAGAAGAUGAAGAGGGGAAUGGAACAACACCUACAAAAUCAACCCCUCACAUGUUCUGCAAAACGCUUACUGCCUCUGACACCAGCACUCAUGGGGGGUUCUCUGUUCCUCGCAGAGCAGCUGAGGACUGUUUUCCUCCUUUGGACUAUAAGCAGCAGAGACCCUCUCAAGAGCUUGUUGCCAAAGACCUGCAUGGUGUGGAGUGGAAAUUUCGUCAUAUUUACCGAGGUCAGCCAAGGCGGCAUCUGCUCACUACUGGCUGGAGUAUUUUUGUUAGCCAAAAGAAUCUUGUUUCUGGAGAUGCUGUGCUCUUUCUAAGGGGUGAAAAUGGAGAAUUGAGAUUGGGAAUCAGAAGGGCUGCGCGACCAAAAAAUGGUCUUCCUGAAUCAAUUGUUGGUAGCCAGAGUUGUUAUCCCAAUUUCCUUUCUUCUGUGGCUAAUGCUAUAUCUGCAAAAAGCAUGUUUCAUGUUUUCUACAGUCCAAGAGCAAGUCAUGCAGAUUUUGUUGUGUCCUACCAAAAAUAUGUCAAAAGCAUCAAGAAUCCUGUGACCAUUGGGACAAGAUUCAAAAUGAAAUUUGAAAUGGAUGAAUCUCCAGAAAGAAGGUGUACUAGUGGUGUAGUGACUGGAAUGAGUGAUAUGGAUCCCUACAAAUGGCCUAAGUCAAAAUGGAGGUGCUUGAUGGUCAGAUGGGAUGAGGAUAUUGAGAUUAAUCAUCAAGAUAGAGUAUCUCCAUGGGAGAUAGAUCCUUCUGUAUCUCUCCCUCCCAUGAGCAUUCAAUCCUCCCGAAGGCUGAAGAAACUGCGGCCAGGUCUGCAGGCUGCUUCACCCAGUCACCUCAUCACUGCAGGAGGCAGUGGGUUUAUGGACUUUGAGGAGUCUGUAAGAUCACCCAAGGUCUUGCAAGGUCAAGAAAAUACAGGUUUUAUGUCACUAUAUUAUGGAUGUGACACAGUAACUAAGCAGCCAGAAUUUGAGAUCAGAUCUCCAAGUCAUCCUAAUCUUCUGUCAACUGGAAUGAGAAAGAUUGCUGCUGCUGAGCUUAUGAAGGUUCACCCUUCUAGUUAUGCAGGUUUCACGGAAACUAACAGGUUUCCAAGGGUCUUGCAAGGUCAAGAAAUAUGCCCUUUGAGAUCCCUGACAGGAAAGGUUGAUUUGAACCUUGGUGCUUGGGGCAAACCCAGUGUCAGUUGCACAAAUUACAACCUGCAUCAGGCAACCAAACCUAACUUUCACUCUUUAGGACCAGAAGUUGUUCAAACUGCAUACUUUCCUUAUAGUGACAUUCACAAAACUGGUCAAGGUAGCAGCAUGUUGUGCUCUAAACCCACCAAUUUCCAACGAGAGAAUCUACCAUUUCACACUCCUUCCACUCAAUCAGGGAUCAUGAGAAAUGAAGUUGGACGAUCAGAUGUCACAAUCCCAAAUGAGCAGAGGCUGCAGGACAAUAUUUCCAGUGCUGCUUCGUUAGGGGCAAACAUGAGGAUUUCAAAUGAAGACAAUUUCGAGGGGAAGGUAAAUGCUUGUAAGCUAUUUGGGUUUCCCUUAUAUGGGGAAACUACCACCCAAAAUUUACAGAACUCUGCUAAAAGGAGUUGCACAAAGGUUCACAAGCAAGGUAGCUUAGUUGGAAGAGCCAUUGAUCUCUCAAGAUUGAGCAGCUACAAUGACCUGCUGAUCGAACUAGAGAGACUAUUUAGCAUGGAAGGCCUUCUAAGAGAUCCUAGUAAGGGAUGGAGAAUCCUGUAUACUGACAGUGAAAAUGACAUUAUGGUUGUGGGGGAUGACCCAUGGCAUGAGUUCUGCGAUGUGGUAUCCAAGAUUCAUAUACAUACACAAGAAGAAGUGGAGAAAAUGACAAUUGGGAUGACCAAUGAUGAUACCCAGAGUUGUUUGGAACAGGCACCGCUGAUAAUGGAGGCUUCGAAGUCUUCCUCCGUGGGCCAGCCAGAUUCUUCUCCAACAGUGGUUAGAAUCUAGUUUCUGGUUGUGUUGAAGUAAUAUUUUGUUGGCCCCAUUUCUAUGUUGUCAAUGCUAUUUGCAAAUAUGAUGAUCCAUAACUAUCUUUGAGCUAGUAAGCCCAGUCAAGGGGUAAAAAAAGCGAAACUUGAGAACUGUGCCCUCCUAAACUUGCUGAAUAAGACCACAUGCUGUCAUGCACUAUGCAAUAAACCAUUACCAAGUAACGUACUCUCUGAAGUAAUAAUGGCGGUGGUCAGAUAUAACUUGUAUAAUGAAACAAUCUGGGACCAACCUUGUGCCAAAGCCACGUUUGGAUUAAAUUGUACGGUCAAAUGCAUCAUGUAUUUGUGCUUUCCUCAAUAAAAGCAUAGUUGAACU